UCGUACAAAAAUCUCACAGGAAGAGCAGUCACUUUCAUACUUCAUGAUUACAAGACACAGCAGGGAUAUUUGAUCAGCAGCAAAAACUGAUGGAGAAAAUGGUCAAAAUACGACUUAUUCCUUUGUUUACGUGCAUGACAAACAUAGUUUUCUCAGCUUCCUGGGCUUUCAACAUUGAUGUUGCAAACCCCCACAUCUAUACUGGAGAGAAACAAGAUUUUUUUGGUUACAAAGUAAUGCAGUACAUAUCAGGCAAUGAGAAAGGGAUAAUGGUUACUGCACCACUUCUGCAAAACAGAUCUGGAGGAAUCUGUAAAUGUGUUGAAAACCAAACAGUUUGUUACAAUCCAGCCAUUCCUCUUCCAACCGAAGAUAGCUCAUUGAAGUACACUGGACUGUCCUUGGCAGUUGACUCAAAAAAUCCCCCAAACUUUGUGGCCUGCAGCCCGGGUCUGGUUCAUGAGUGUGAUGAGAACUCCCAUCUGAACAGUGUGUGCUACAAGUUCAACAGCGAGUUUAAGAAAACCUCAAACUUCACACCUGCCUUUCAAGAAUGUACCAAGAAGAAAGUUGACCUUGUGUUUCUGUUUGAUGGAUCAGAAAGCAUGACAGGGGAUGAAUUUAACAAAAACAAAGGAUUCAUUUGGGAUAUCAUCAAACCACUCAAAAAUUCCUCAAUUAAGUUUGCUGCAGCGCAGUUCUCAGAAAUAUCCAGGACAGUUUUUGACUUCAACGACUACCGAGAGGGGAGGGCCGAAGAGAAACUUGGAGAAGAAAAACAUUUUAAAUCCUUAACCAAUACACAUAAGGCGAUAGACUUUGUAUUGAGAAACCUAUUUGAUAACUCAGCUGCUGGUGCCACGCCUGAUGCAACAAAGGUUCUGGUUAUCAUCACAGAUGGACUUCCCACAGAUGGUGAUAAGAAUUUUAAGUCGAUCAAAAGAACAAACAAAAAAAACAUCAUACGCUUUAUUAUUGGUGUGAAGACCUCAAACAAAAAAGAAUCCAACAUUAAUUUGAACAAACUAAAAGAACUGGCAUCAGAACCAAAGGAAAACAACACAUUCCUCAUUCAAGAUUAUAACGGACUGUCAAAAAUCCUGGACAUUUAUCAGAAAAAGAUUUUCAACAUCGAAGGUACCAAGACUGCUCGGGCAGGAAACUUAAGAAAAGAGAUGUCUCAAAGUGGGUUCAGUAGUCAGUUCCAGGAGGAUAUCUUGGUUUUAGGGUCUGUGGGAUCAUAUGACUGGCGAGGAUCUCUCACUGAGAUUCAGGGCCCAGGAUUGGAGGAAAGAGAAAUUGUGGAUCCCUCCAUAGAAAAAGACUCCUACAUGGGAUACGCUUUAACUGUUGCAAAGAAGAACGAUCACCUUCUGUACCUUACUGGUGCUCCUAGAUUUGAACAUAAAGGACAGAUACUCCUUUUUACUAAAGAUGAAAACAAUAACUGGACAGUAACUACGAAAGAGUAUGGGGAGCAGAUUGGGUCCUAUUUUGGGGCAGAGUUGUCUGCAGUUGAUAUUGACUCAGACGGCAACACAGACUUCCUGCUGGUGGCGGCUCCAAUGUUCUACCAGUCUCAGAGUGAGGGCAAGAUCUAUGUCUACCAACUGACUGAUAAGCUGGAACUUAGGAGCAUGUUGAACGUGUCAGGACCUUCUCGGGGAAGAUUCGGGUCAUCCAUCUCCUCAGUCACAGAUUUGAACGGUGAUGAGCUAAAGGAUGUGGCCGUGGGCGCUCCCCUUGAGGAUGAUGGCAGGGGGGCUGUGUACAUCUACCUGGGUGACAAACUUGGAGGAAUACGCGAAAGCUACACUCAAAGAAUCGCUGCCAAAAUGCUGAGUUCUGAUCUGCAGUUAUUUGGCCAGACACUUGAUGGGAGAAUGGAUCUGGGCCAUGAUGGCUUGAUUGACAUUGCAGUUGGUGCCAAAGGAAGAGUUGUUGUGUUAAGGUCCAAGUCUGUCUUCAACGUCUCUGCUCGUCUCUCAUUCCACCCCUCUGAGAUCAGCACUGAUCAAUUUGACUGUCUCACCAGCGAGGACCAAAGUUUCCCAGUGGUCAAUUUAACAGCCUGCUUUAGUAUGGUGGAAGCUACCAAGAGUGGAGUGCGGAAUGCAGAGAUAAACGUCUCUUACAUACUGGAAGUGGAUCCUUUGAGGCACACCAGCAGAGGUAUCGUCGGCAGGAAUGGAACCAGAGGACUUGAAAUGAUUGAGAAGCUGAGCAAAAAUGUGACCUGCUUUAACCACUCAAUCCACAUGAAGAAAUGCGUGAAGGACACAUUGUCCCCAGUUGUUAUCAAACUGAAAUUUUCUCAGAACUCAAUACCACCACCAACUGGCAUCUUGAAUGUUGACAGCCCUACACAGGCUUCCAUUGAGGUGCCCUUUACGAAGAAUUGUGCGAACAAAGAACAAUGUGUUGCAGAGCUUGAAGUAGACUUUAACUUCACAACCUCAACUAUAAUUGUGAUAGACCAAAGCUACUUCAACGUAACAGUAAGACUGUCCAAUCAUGCAGAUGAUUCUUAUAACACCAGCCUCACAUUCCUCUACCCACCUGGCCUAUCAUUCUCUAAGAUGCAUCUGGAGAAGGCCACAAGGACGACCCUCCACAAGUGCAGCGAUCUGGAGGGGGUCACUGACAGGACCCUGUGCAGCAUCAGCCUUCCUGUCUAUCGCAGCAAAACAACAGCAUCAUUCAAGAGUUUAUUUCGCAUUUCAAAUUCCUACAAUUGGAAUGACACCAUGUCCAUGACCAUCAUUGGACACAGUGAUAAUGACAACUCCACCAAUGCUACAGUUACCAAAUCCAUUCCUGUUCAGUUUGCAGUUGAUUUGGCAGUAAAGGCGAAUUAUGAAUACUCCAACACGUAUUUUAUCUUUAAUCAAGAGGAUAAAGGACCUAAACAUCUGGUAAAUGUAUACGAGGUGAAGAACUUGGCUUGGAAGUCUUUGCCUGUUUCAGUAACCUUCACCUUCCCAACUCUGCUUGGGCAUCGAUUUGAAAUGAGGGACUAUAAAGUAUCAGUCUCAGAGAACCAAACUAAAUGUGAACAAACUAUAAUGGCAACAUCCGACUACUGCACUAAAGAAAAAAACUGCAAGUCCAUUAAAUGUAAUGAUUUUAUAUUGGACAAAUAUUCGACUGUUCAAUUCCAACUUAGGGGAAGUGUAGCUUUUGAGGGCCUUGAGCAGUUUGUAAAGGACAUGCCACUGACCAAAAUGUUCACUGGCGAUGAAGCAGACGUCAAAUUCAAAAGUUUUGUAAAUCUUGACUAUGACAAGCAGCGAUAUGUCCAAAAAUCAAGUAACCAUGAGAACAAACAUUAUACAAGUUUCCACCAGGCACAGAUUGAUGUUCGAGCAGAGUUCAUCAUUCCCCCGAACAAAAAACUGAUUGUAGCAACAGGUGCUGGCGGGGGGCUCCUCCUACUCAUCAUUAUUACUGUGGUCAUGUUUAAGAUGGGAUGCUUCAAGAGAAAAAGGCCCAUGGACUCCUUGGGGGGAGAAGAGAAUGAUGGGAGCGAACAGCCUGAGGAAAAGGGUUUGAAUCAGAAUGUCGUGAGCGUGGAUUCCAAAGACAAGAAAAUGCUUGAAUCUUGUAGUAGCACAGAAGAAAAAGCACUCAUGGAUAGUGUUAAAACGCCUGAACAGGAAUAAGGAAUUGAGGAAAGUCUUUAGCAGUCUGCUCCGUAGCAGACUGGACUAUUGGCAUAUUUUUCAAAAAGUGAUAUAGAUGAGACAAAGCCACAUGUGACCACAUCAUCAUCACAGAACACCUUAUUUGGACUAUGAACAUUGUUGGGAAGUUUAUCCAACUAUGAACUUGUGUUGUGUACUGAAAUUGGAGUGAUACAGGAUCAUUGAAAGUUGUCACAUUUUUGUUUCAGUUCAAGUUACCUUGUAUACCAAACCCAGCUAUAAUGGGUUAUUUGUUUAACAAAUUUCACAGGGUUUUUUUCUGUAAGGGUAGCAGUAUUAGGCUCCCCCCCUUAUGUGUGUCAGUGGUGUACUGUAUUAUUUUUCCCCACCUCUCUCCUCCUCCCAGGUGUUUCUGUCCUCCUCCCAGGUGUGUCUGUCCUCCCAGGUGUUUCUGUCCUCCUCCCAGGUGUGUCUGUUCUCCUCCCAGAUGUGUCUGUUCUCCUCCCAGGUGUGUCUGUCCUCCCAGGUGUGUCUGUCCUCCUCCCAGGUGUGUCUGUUCUCCUCCCAGGUGUGUCUGUCCUCCUCCCAGGUGUGUCUGUCCUCCCAGGUGUGUCUGUCCUCCUCCCAGGUGUGUCUGUUCUCCUCCCAGGUGUCUGUCCUCCUCCCAGGUGUGUCUGUUCUCCUCCCAGGUGUGUCUGUCCUCCUCCCAGGUGUGUCUGUUCUCCUCCCAGGUGUGUCUGUUCUCCUCCCAGGUGUGUCUGUCCUCCUCCCAGGUGUGUCUGUUCUCCUCCCAGGUGUGUCUGUUCUCCUCCCAGGUGUGUCUGUCCUCCUCCCAGGUGUGUCUGUCUUCCUCUGGUAGUGGUGUGCUGCCAGUCAUCCUUACACUGGCGUCCCAUCAACGGACAAUAUGUUUGCUAUAUAUCUGCUUCUUCCUUUUAUGUGUGGGAGAAGAUGUUUGGAGUGCUGGGUGGUGCCUUAUUGAGACAUUUUCAGUCCUAAGCUUUGACCUCCAUUUGCCUAUGGUUCAUUCUGUAAGAAUGCUCAUGUGUAUAAAUAUCAUAUAACCUUAAUAAUAAUAAUAGCAGAUACCUUUUUAUUAAAUCCUCUAGUUCUGAAAUGAGUGGCUGAAACCCCUUUUUCUGUAGCACACAUGGUUAUUAGGUUAACUUUGGUUAUUACAGUAGCAUCAGGUUAGAGGUGUUGGAAAGCCAGGGCCCUUUGUAAUUCUUUGUGGUGAACGCUUGCAAGGUCCUUCUGCUUCCUUCUGUUAGUUUAAAUUCCUAUUUGUUUGAGGAUUUAAACGUGGAAUAACUAGGAACAUUGUAAAAUAUUCAGAAAUAUCAAUUGAUUCAUUUAACUGUAACAUCAACAUGCUUUUUAGUCAAAGUUAAACAAGACUGUUUCCUCAGAGCACUGAUUUGCCGUAUUGUGCAAAAGUCUUUGGCGCAGAAGUAAAAAAAAACUGCUUUUGUUAAGAAUUUCUAAUGACAAAUAAAACAAUAAUAUCUCACACAGCGUUUAGGUGAGAAGACCUUGA